UUUAAGAAUAAAAGUUAGCAAUGCGCACGCGUGGCGCCCCCGGCGGGGGUAGUCGUAACCCGACUGUUGAGCGGAGCGGACGAGCGCGUGCGACUUGCAGAGUGUAUAAGUAUUUCCUAGUAGUGGUUUUAUUUACCUGCCCAACCAAGGACGCUGAACACCACACGUGGCGACGAGAUUUCAUGACGCCCCAAAAAAUGUCCAGCCUUCCACCCGUUGAACCACUGCAAUGUGACGGCGACCCCAUGUCACUGGGACUCCGCUGGGAGAAGUGGAGACGGGCUCUAGAAAUAUAUCUUCUUGCGUCAGAAAUAAAAAACCCAGUUAUAAAAAGAGCCACUCUUCUGCAUAUGGGUGGCACAGCCUUACAAGAAAUAUACUAUAAUACCCCUGGAGCACACAUUGAGGGUUCAGACGUAACAGACUCAACAGAUGUUUACAGGGUAGCAAUAGAUAAACUUAACGAGUACUUUUUGCCUAAACAAAGCAAAGUUUAUGAAAGGCAUAUAUUUAGAUUACUUAAACAAGAAAAUGAUGAGAAAUUUGAAAAAUUUCUUGUAAGGCUGCGUCAGCAAAGCAAAAAGUGCAAAUUUGCCAAUGGGGAAGACGACAACAUAAUCGAUCAAGUGGUCGAAAAAUGCAAUUCGAUGGAACUCAAGAAAAAGAUCCUUACCUUAGGUGAUGACGUUACAUUGGACAAAGUCAUAGCGGAAGCUAAUGCUAUAGAGUCAGUACAAAGGCAGCUCUCUGAUUACGGCAAUGGUAGUGCACCGCGUCCCAUUGCGAAUAUAAAUAGAAUUGAUGCUAAGCGUCAAUUUGACCAAAAUAAAGAUUGCUCACGUUGUGGAAGUGAGAAGCAUAAUGGUGACAGUCUAUCAUGCCCGGCCAAAGAUAAAAAAUGCUCAAAGUGCGGUUAUAUUGGACAUUUCAUGGCUAAGUGUCGAACGCGGGCUAGUAAACGUAGAUCGACACACGCGAAUGGAGGAAAAAUGCCUAUUAAAAAGAUUAAACUUGACAAUAGCGUCAAAAAAUCCGAAAAUUCUAACGACGAUCAGAAAAAGGCAUCAUCCAACGUCAAUUAUAUAUUUUACUUUGAUGGGGACGGAAAAAUAAAAUGCGACAUCGGCGGUGUCGAUAACAUUGAACUUCUAAUAGACUCUGGAAGUAAUCAUAACAUAUUGACCGAUAAAACAUGGACCUUUCUUAAAAGUUGCAAUAUACAGGCUACAGAACAAAAUGCAAACCCAGAGAAAAUAUUUAUGGCGUACGGUAGCUCGGUACCCUUGACAGUGCUAGGUUCUUUCCAAGCUGUAGUUAAAAUCGGAGCAGAAGAAAGAAAUAGUACCUUUUACGUUAUCCAAGGCGGGACACGAGAUUUACUCGGUAAAGAAACAGCUACAGAUCUUAAAGUCUUCAAAUUAGGUUUGGACAUCAAUGCGGUAAGUGAAUCUCAAAAUCAGGGACCUUUCCCCAAGUUUAAAAAUAUAACACUAGAUAUAGCAAUAGAUAAGACAGUAACACCUACUAGUCAACCAUGUCGACGAAUUCCAGUACCUCUGGAGGAGAAAGUUAACAAAAGAAUUGACGAAUUAAUAGAGUUGGAUAUAAUAGAACCCGUGAAUAAACCAUCCAGGUGGGUGUCUCCUAUAGUACCGGUGUUGAAAAGUGACGGAAGCGUUCGUCUUUGCGUAGAUAUGCGGGUAGCUAACAAAGCAAUUCUUCGAGAGCAUUAUCCCCUUCCCACGAUGGACAAACUCUUGCCAAAAUUUAGGAAAGCUCGUAUUUUUUCUAAAUUAGACAUUAGAGACGCCUUUCAUCAGAUCGAGAUUAGUGAAGAGAGUCGUCAUAUCACUACUUUUAUCACUACACGAGGACUUUUCCGUUAUAAAAGGCUGAUGUUCGGCAUCUCUUGUGCACCAGAACUAUUCCAAAAAACACUUGAGAGAAUUUUGUUACCUUGUGAAGGAACGCUUAACUUUAUCGACGAUAUUAUUGUUUACGGCAGGGAUGAACGAGAACAUCAAACCCGCUUGGAUCGCGUUUUGGAAGUCCUAAAAAAAUAUAAUGUAACUCUCAAUAAAAAGAAAUGCGUCUUUAAUGCUAAGGUAGUUCAAUUUUUAGGUCAUCAGCUGUCGUCGGAGGGGGUAAAACCUUUAGACACGUAUAUAAAAAGUGUGGAUACAUUUAGAGAACCCAAAACUAUUGAAGAAAUUCAAAGUUUUCUCGGUUUAUUGAAUUACGUUAAUAAAUGGAUCCCUAAUUUUUCAACCACCACUGAGCCUAUCAGGAAACUCUUAAAACUAAAAAUUGGUCUCAAGUCUGACCUAUCGAAGUACUGGGAACAAGAGCAAAAAACUGCUUUUGAUCGACUUAAAACUCAACUCCAGAAUAUACAAAGUCUGGGUUAUUACGACCCGGAAGAUCAAACUCAGGUAUUAGCAGAUGCUAGUCCCGUUGGACUUGGGGCUGUACUAGUGCAAAUUGAUGAUAAAGGACCCCGAGUUAUUGCUUUUGGUAAUAGGAGCCUAUCGGAGGUUGAAAAACGGUACUGUCAAACGGAGAAGGAAGCUUUAGCCUUAGUUUGGGCCGUAGAGCACUUUCAUAUUUAUCUGUAUGGUAGGAAAACAUUCGAUCUUAUAACGGACCACAAACCGUUAGAGGUAAUUUUUGGACUCAGAUCUAGGCCUUGUGCAAGGAUUGAACGUUGGGUUUUGCGCCUGCAGUCAUACAAUUAUCGUGUCGUAUACCGCCCUGGGAAAAACAAUAUAGCCGACCCAUUCUCUCGUUUAUGCCAAUCCACUCAUAAUACCUUCGAUCGCGAAGGUGAAUCCCAUAUAAACCAACUUGUUCAAUAUGCGAGACCCUGCGCAAUCCCUAUGCAGACGUUGAUCGAAUGCUCUGAAGCAGAUGAGGAGAUCCAAUUAGUAAAGGAGGCUUUAAACACAAACAUGUGGGAGCCUCGAAUUAUCCAGUAUCGUAUAUUUCAAACCGAACUCUGGACUCACGACGGCAUUCUCCUGAGGAAUGAUAAAAUUGUUAUUCCCACCAGUCUUAGGAAACAAGUUUUAGAUGCAGCUCAUGAAGGUCAUCCGGGCAUCGUAGCGAUAAAAGGUCGAUUGCGCACUAAAGUCUGGUGGCCUAAAGUGGAUAAAGAUGCAGAGGCUAAAGUUAAAAGCUGCCGGGGAUGCACUCUUGUAACUGCUGGGAAUCCCCCAUUACCAUUAAAAAGACGCCAGUUACCAGAUCAACCUUGGCAAGACGUCGCGAUAGAUUUUCUUGGUCCACUGCCGUCGGGACAUUACUUACUGGUAAUUGUGGAUUAUUACAGCAGGUAUAAGGAGAUAAAAGUUAUGAAAACAAUUACCACAGCAGAUACCACGAUAAUGUUGAAAGAGAUAUUUUCAAGAUUGGGUAUACCCAUAACCCUGACGGCCGACAAUGGAAGACAGUUCACGAGCCAAGACUUUAAAAAUUUUUGUCAAGAAAUGGGUAUUAAAUUACUGAGUACGACUCCUUACACUCCUCAGGAGAAUGGCGAAGUCGAGAGACAAAAUCGGGAUAUCCUUAAACGUCUACAAAUAAGUCAAACUUUAAAAUCUGAUUGGCAGUCAGAUCUUUUAGAUUACUUAAUGAUGUGCAAUAGUACACCCCAUAGCUCGACAGGCAAAACACCCGGUGAACUUUUCUUUUCCAGGAAAUUUAGAGACAAGUUACCAUCGAUAGUUCGAGAGAAGAGUGGAGUUGAUGGGGAAGUAAGAGAUAAAGACACUAUAAUGAAAGAGAAAGGAAAAGCAUACGAAGACAGAAGAAGGAAAGCUACAGAAUACGGAAUAGAGGUUGGAGAAAAAGUGUAUGUGAAAAAUGUGUCAAAAGGAAAUAAACUUACUGCCCCAUUCAACCCCACCCCACACACAGUACUCAGCUCCAGUGGAAAUGAAUAUAAUGUAAGGAACGACGAUACAGGCCAUGAGUAUAGGAGGAACAUCGUGCACCUAAAAAAAGUUCAAGGCGAAUGGCAAAUAUAUGAUCCGGAAAAGCACGCACAAGAUGUACCACUCGACAGUAAUGAGGCACUGGAUAGUGACAAGGAUGAAUAA